CCCUCUUAGUAGUUAUUUUGUGCUUAUUCCCCUCUCUAUCGUAUAUUCCUUAAGAAAAAACAUUAAUUGAGAUCGUUAUUAUGUAGUGCAUGGCAUUGUUUGUUCUCCCAAAUCUUAAGCAAAGCAUUCUUGAUCUUCCUCUCUGAAAAAAAAACAAUGGUUCAAUAUGAUUUCAAGAAUAUAAGUGUUGUCCCAAUCGGAAACGAGUUUGUCGAUCUCAUCCUUUCCCGCGUUCAUCGUCAGACUCCAAAUGUCCUCCGUAAAGGUUUCACCAUCAACCAUCUCCGUCAAUUCUACACACUCAAAGUUAAAGAGACAGAAGUCAGUUUUUUCGACAAGCUAUCAACCAUUGUCGACGAAUUUCCAGGCCUUGAUGAGAUAAACCCUUUAUACAAUGACCUUCUUCGCUUGAGUUUCGAUAGAGAUCACUACAAGUUGUGUCUAGGUCAAGUGAAUACUGCUAGACACAUGAUUACCGAUAUAUCUAAUGAUUAUGUAACGCAACUCGAGUUUGGUGAAUCUUUAAAGCAAUGCAAAGUCCUAAAAACGAGUGCUAUUGGACAAAUGUUUAGUGUUAUAAACGAAAUCACUCCUAGUUUGGCUUAUCUAGAGCAGAUCAGACAACACAUGGUAAGGCUUCCUUGGAUUGACAUAAACACUCCAACUCUCUUGGUUUGUGGGUACCCUAAUGUGGACAAGACUUGUUUUAUGAACAGAAUCAACACCGGAGCUAGUGAUGAUUACACCACUAAAUCAUCGCUAGUGAAUUUUGUUGUUGGUCAUACUGAGUACAAGGAUUUGAGGUACCAAGUGAUUGAGAUUUUGGAUAGGCCUACAUUUGGAGACGGCAAUGUUAUAGCCGCAUUGACUCGUCAUCUUCGAGCUGCUCUUGUUUUAUUCUUUGUGGAUGCUUCGGGUUCGUGCGGUUACAGCGUUGCACAUCAGGCUGUUCUUUUCUAUAGUCUAAAGUCUCUGUUUAUGAAUAAACCAUUGGUAGUUGUCUGCGAGGAGACUUGUUUGAUACAAAUACGAGAACAAGAUUGGAAACUGAUUGAAGAGAUGACUAGUGGAAUGGGAGGAUAUGAAGACAAAGAAGAAGAAACGUUUUUGAGGAUUAGCAAUAUGAGGACGGAAGAGGGUGUAAUGUCUGUGAAGAACACUGCGUGCGAAAGGCUAUUAGAUCGAAGAGAAAGAUUGAGUUGCAUAGCUGAGGGGUUGAACAACAAAUACAUUUUGGCUUGUCAAGAAGACGAAAUAAUUCCUCAAACUGAUCUUGAUGAUGAUGAUCAUAAUGUUUCCGACUUGUUGGUUGAUUCAAACGUUUUGUUUAAGCUUAAGGAGUUGGAAGAUGAAGAAGGAAUCAAGAAGGCUCAUGAGGAUGAAGAAGAUGAUUUUGUGAUGGCCAAGGAACAUGUUAGGGAGGCUCACAAGGACCAACCUGUUGCAUUCCGCAAGAUUCAACCGGUGCGGAUAUUAAUAGCCUUAGUUUUUUUGGUUCUUGUAGUUGUAGGGAAUACUCAUGGAGUCAUUCAAGAAUGUCUAUCAGCUUUAAGCUUUUGAGUCUCUUGGUUAUUAAUUUUUCCUAUUUCACAUUUUUCUUAGUGUGAUUGGGUAAAUAUAUUAAAAACAAAAGCCCAAUCAUCCACAAAUCCCGAAUAUUUUUAACUUACAUUUUUAUUGGUUGCAAUUUCAUAGAGGCCUUAGAAUUAUCAUAUGAUUUUUGAAAAUACACUUUGAAUUGAAAGUUUGUGGCUUUGUGCCAUUGAAAGAAGUUGUGGGCCGAGUUUAUUGGGCUGGUAAAAGGUUCAUUUUGUUGACGGUACAAAGAGAUCAAAUAAGGCAAACAUGACGUCAUUAUACAUUUAAGCUUAUCGUAACUG